AUGAAAAAAAUGACGAAAAUGAAUCAACCUAGUUGGACGAGCAGAGGCAAAAAGGCGCAUGUGGUCGCUUGGAAGGAAACGCCAAAGCCAAAAAGGAAGACAGCAGCAGCGAGUGAUAAGACAAGCAACUACCUUGCUAGGCCUACUGUAGAAGAAGGUGGAAAGCGAAAAGCACCGCCAAAGGUGGGCGCUCCUUCGACAGUAGAGGUUCGCUUAGAACCGACCCAGAGGCGUGCUCGCUCUUUCCAAGCGAUCUCGGUAUCAAGCGGAUAUGGUCAGUUAAUCGAAAGCGCGAUGGCUUAUCGGAAGAGCUUGCUCGCAUUGCCAUGGACCGACUCGCUACGAACUAGACUAUGGAGGACGAAUGACAAGAACCACAAUACUUUUACUGCACCUUCUGAGGCUGCUCGUGCUUCGUCUCAUGAUAGUAAGGACCAUUUCGUCAGUGAAAAAAAAUAGAGAAAACUAAAAGGCCUGCGUCUCAGAGUCGGCAACACAAGGAGACGCUUAGCAACUUACUUGGGAGUGGCAAGUAAGACGACAAUCGACGCCAGUGCUGGAGGUGGCGACGAUAUUGCUAGACAGGACGAAAAAGAGCCACUUCCUAGAUAUGAGCCGAAACUGGG